UUCCCCUCUCCUCCUCGCAACGCAACCCAACUCAGCACCCCCCCAACGCCCACAACCUCCCUCUCCCUCCCUCCCCCUCCCUCAUGGAUCCUCCGUCUCGCUCCUCCGUCAUCAUCGUCGGCGCCGGCGUCUCCGGUAUCUCGGCGGCCAAGGUUCUGGCGGAGAACGGGGUGGAGGACAUCGUCAUCCUGGAGGCGACCGACCGAAUCGGAGGCAGGAUACGCAAGGAGGCGUUCGGGGGCGUGUCGGUGGAGCUCGGCGCCGGCUGGAUCGUCGGCGUCGGAGGCAAGGUGCCGAAUCCCGUCUGGGAGCUCGCCGCCAAGUCCUCGCUCCGGACGUGCUUCUCCGAUUACAGUAAUGCUCGCUACAACAUCUACGAUCGCAGCGGGAAGAUAUUCCCGAGUGGACUCGCCGCCGACUCGUACGAGAAGGCGGUGGACUCGGCUAUCGAGAAGCUGAGAAACCAGCAGGAAACGGAUCGCGGUGGCGACUUCUCCGGAGAUACGGAGCAACCUCCUCCGACGCCGAAGUCGCCGAUUGAUCUCGCCAUCGACUUCAUUCUUCACGACUUCGAGAUGCCAGAGGUCCAGCCUAUAUCGACUUUUCUUGAUUAUGGGGAGCGAGAAUUUUUAGUGGCGGAUGAGAGGGGAUAUGAGAAUUUGCUAUACAAAAUGGCGCAAGAUUUUCUUUUUACGUCAGAGGGCAAGAUUUUGGACAGUCGUCUUCAACUCAAUAAGGUUGUCCGGGAAAUACAACACUCGAGAACCGGAGUUACUGUUACUACGGAAGAUGGUUGUGUCUACAAUGCCAAUUACGCGAUUUUGUCCGUUAGCAUUGGAGUUCUCCAGAGUGACCUCAUCUUGUUCAGGCCAUCAAUGCCCAGAUGGAAGAUGGAGGCGAUAGAGAAGCUUGACGUGAUGGUUUACACGAAAAUUUUCCUGAAGUUUCCGUAUAAGUUCUGGCCUUGUGGACCCGAGAAAGAGUUCUUCAUAUAUGCACACGAACGGAGAGGUUAUUACACAUUUUGGCAGCACAUGGAGAAUGCAUACCCUGGUUCCAAUAUUCUUGUUGUGACAUUGACAAAUGGAGAAUCAAAGCGUGUGGAGAAUCAAUCUGACGAAGAAACGCUGAAAGAGGCCAUGGAGGUGCUUAGGGACAUGUUUGGGCCCAAUAUACCUAAUGCCACUGAUAUACUCGUGCCCCGCUGGUGGAAUAACAGGUUCCAGCGAGGCAGCUACAGCAACUACCCCGCCAUUUUCAAUCAUCAGGUUGUUCAAAACAUUAAGGCACCGGUAGGACGCAUCUUUUUCACUGGUGAACACACAAGCGAAAGAUUCAACGGUUAUGUACAUGGUGGAUACCUCGCAGGCAUAGACACGAGUAAAGCUUUGUUGGAGGAGAUGAGGAAGGAGAAGGAAAGGAAUAGCCAGAAUCAGUCGUUUUUGUUAGAGCCCUUGUUAGCAGUGACUUUAACACAGACAGAUUCAUCGGUCUCGGGAAGCGUACAACAUAAAUCUGAUAUUCCUAAACAUUUGCAUCUCAGCGGCAAGGUAAGUAUUCCAAGAUCCAUCUUAUGACUAGAUGGCCCCACUGAGACUAGCACUGCUAUCGGUGGCAGUAUCUCCUCGAUCGACAAACAUGAGGAUGCGAUCAAUGACGGAGAAGGUCAGGGAGGUAUCGACAGUGAUGGAAGCCCCCCGAUAGCAGAGAAGUAGCUGCCAGAAGAUGCAGAA